CGUCUCCUGAACCCCCUUUCGUGACCCCUCUCAUCACCUCUACUGGGGAGACGAGGACCCCGAGGUUCUGGGGGGCGACGCGACCUGCCCGAAGUGACAAGGGUCCUGGGCUGCACUCCCCGCCGGGGUCUGCGCUCCUCGGCGGAGCGGGUGGGAAGGAUGAGUCCUCGGGGUGGAGAAGGAGGAGCGGGUCCCCGGGUACCGCUCACCCGGCCUUAGGAGCCCGGGAGCGCGCGUAGGGACGCGGAGUUGAGGCUCUCCAUCUGCGGCCGGGGAAAGGGAUACAGUCCCCCGGGCCCCUCCCGGCCGCGCGGAACCCACCCCAGGCGCGUCCCCGCGGGCGCGCGCUCCAGGCGGGGCCGACGGGCUCGGAGGCACGCGCCCGCUGCCGGGUCCGCCGCGCGCGCUCCCUCCUCUCCCCUCCCCCGCCCCUCCCGGGCCCGCGCGCUCCCCGGGUCCGCCGCGCGCGCGCCUCGCGUCACUCCCCAUCCCCGCCUCUCCCGCCGCCACCCCGCCCCCGGCCGGGUACCCUCGCCGGACCCGAGAGAGAGCGCCGCCGCCAUCUUAGUUGCUGCCGCUGCCUCCAGCAAGGCGCUGCUCCGAGGCGGGGAGGGCGCCGCGUCCCGAGCGCGCGGCCCAGCGUCACGGCGGCGGCGGCGGCGGCUCCUCCUUGGACCCCCGGAGCUCGCCGCGCCGCGGAGCAGCCGGCCCCAGGCCCCUAGAGCCCCGAGAGCUCCGAGAGCUCCGCUCGGCGUCCCGCGCGCCUCCCUGCCGCUCCCGCCCCGGGCUGGCGAUGCUGCGCCGCCCCGCGCCCGCGCUGGCCCCGGUCGCCCGGCUGCUGCUGGCCGGGCUGCUGUGCGGCGGCGGGGUCUGGGCCGCGCGAGUUAACAAGCACAAGCCCUGGCUGGAGCCCACCUACCACGGCAUAGUCACAGAGAAUGACAACACGGUGCUCCUCGACCCCCCGCUGAUCGCACUGGACAAAGAUGCGCCUCUGCGAUUUGCAGGUGAGAUUUGUGGAUUUAAAAUUCACGGGCAGAAUGUCCCCUUUGAUGCAGUGGUAGUGGAUAAAUCCACUGGUGAGGGAGUCAUUCGCUCCAAAGAAAAACUGGACUGUGAGCUGCAGAAAGACUAUUCAUUCACCAUCCAGGCCUAUGAUUGUGGGAAGGGACCUGAUGGCACCAACGUGAAAAAGUCUCAUAAAGCAACUGUCCAUAUUCAGGUGAACGACGUGAACGAGUACGCGCCCGUGUUCAAGGAGAAGUCCUACAAAGCCACGGUCAUCGAGGGGAAGCAGUACGACAGCAUUUUGAGGGUGGAGGCCGUGGAUGCCGACUGCUCCCCUCAGUUCAGCCAGAUUUGCAGCUACGAAAUCAUCACUCCAGACGUGCCCUUUACUGUCGACAAAGAUGGUUAUAUAAAAAACACAGAGAAAUUAAACUACGGGAAAGAACAUCAGUAUAAGCUGACCGUCACUGCCUAUGACUGUGGGAAGAAAAGAGCCACAGAAGAUGUUUUGGUGAAGAUCAGCAUUAAGCCCACCUGCACCCCUGGGUGGCAAGGAUGGAACAACAGGAUUGAGUAUGAGCCGGGUACAGGCGCGUUGGCCGUCUUCCCAAAUAUCCACCUGGAGACAUGUGACGAGCCAGUCGCCUCAGUACAGGCCACAGUGGAGCUAGAAACCAGCCACAUAGGGAAAGGCUGCGACCGAGACACCUACUCGGAGAAGUCCCUCCACCGGCUCUGUGGUGCGGCCGCGGGCACUGCCGAGCUGCUGCCAUCCCCGAGUGGCUCCCUCAACUGGACCGUGGGCCUGCCCACCGACAAUGGCCAUGACAGUGACCAGGUGUUUGAGUUCAACGGCACCCAGGCAGUGAGGAUCCCAGAUGGCAUCGUGUCGGUCAGCCCCAAAGAGCCGUUCACCAUCUCCGUGUGGAUGAGACAUGGGCCAUUCGGCAGGAAGAAGGAGACAAUUCUUUGCAGUUCUGAUAAAACAGAUAUGAAUCGGCACCACUACUCACUCUACGUCCACGGGUGCCGGCUGAUCUUCCUCCUCCGUCAGGAUCCUUCUGAGGAGAAGAAAUACAGACCUGCAGAGUUCCACUGGAAGUUGAAUCAGGUCUGUGAUGAGGAAUGGCACCACUACGUCCUCAAUGUGGAAUUCCCGAGCGUGACUCUCUAUGUGGAUGGCACAUCCCACGAGCCCUUCUCUGUGACUGAGGAUUACCCGCUCCAUCCAUCCAAGAUAGAAACUCAGCUCGUGGUGGGGGCUUGCUGGCAAGAGUUUUCAGGAGUUGAAAAUGACAAUGAAACUGAGCCUGUGACUGUGGCCUCUGCAGGUGGCGACCUGCACAUGACCCAGUUUUUCCGAGGCAAUCUGGCUGGCUUAACUCUCCGUUCUGGGAAACUCGCGGAUAAGAAGGUGAUCGACUGUCUGUAUACCUGCAAGGAGGGGCUGGACCUGCAGGUCCCCGAAGACAGUGGCAGAGGCGUGCAGAUCCAAGCACACCCCAGCCAGUUGGUAUUGACCUUGGAGGGAGAAGACCUUGGGGAAUUGGAUAAGGCCAUGCAGCACAUCUCGUACCUGAACUCCCGGCAGUUCCCCACGCCCGGAAUUCGCAGACUCAAAAUCACCAGCACAAUCAAGUGUUUUAACGAGGCCACCUGCAUUUCGGUCCCCCCGGUAGAUGGCUACGUGAUGGUUUUACAGCCUGAGGAGCCCAAGAUCAGCCUGAGCGGUGUCCACCAUUUUGCCCGAGCAGCUUCUGAAUUUGAAAGCUCAGAAGGAGUGUUCCUUUUCCCUGAGCUUCGCAUCAUCAGCACCAUCACGAGAGAAGUGGAGCCUGAAGGGGACGGGGCUGAGGACCCCACAGUUCAAGAAUCACUAGUGUCCGAGGAGAUCGUGCAUGACCUGGAUACCUGUGAGGUCACGGUGGAGGGAGAGGAGCUGAACCACGAGCAGGAGAGCCUAGAGGUGGACAUGGCCCGCCUGCAGCAGAAGGGCAUCGAAGUGAGCAGCUCUGAGCUGGGCAUGACCUUCACAGGUGUGGACACCAUGGCCAGCUACGAGGAGGUUUUGCACCUGCUGCGCUACCGGAACUGGCACGCCAGGUCCUUGCUUGACCGGAAGUUUAAGCUCAUCUGCUCGGAGCUGAAUGGCCGCUACAUCAGCAACGAAUUUAAGGUGGAGGUGAAUGUAAUCCACACGGCCAACCCCAUGGAACACGCCAACCACAUGGCUGCCCAGCCACAGUUCGUGCACCCGGAACACCGCUCCUUUGUUGACCUGUCAGGCCACAACCUGGCCAACCCCCACCCGUUUGCAGUCAUCCCCAGCACUGCGACCGUUGUGAUUGUGGUGUGCGUCAGCUUCCUGGUGUUCAUGAUUAUCCUGGGGGUAUUUCGGAUCCGGGCUGCACAUCAGCGGACCAUGCGGGAUCAGGACGCGGGGAAGGAGAACGAGAUGGACUGGGACGACUCCGCCCUGACCAUCACCGUCAACCCCAUGGAGACCUACGAGGACCAGCACAGCAGUGAGGAGGAGGAGGAAGAGGAGGAGGAAGAGGAGAGUGAGGACGGCGAGGAAGAAGAUGACAUCACCAGCGCAGACUCAGAGAGCAGCGAGGAGGAGGAGGGGGAGCAGGGCGACCCCCAGAACGCAACCCGGCAGCAGCAGCUGGAGUGGGAUGACUCCACCCUCAGCUACUGACCUGCGCCCCCGGCCGCCUCGGUUUCUGCUUUCAAAGACUGCUGCCAUCCGUUCUCCCAGUCCCAAGGGUCCACGAUGUACAAAGUCAUUUCGGCCAGUAGGUGUGCAGACCCCUCCCCGCCACGAUCGUCGCCGUGCUUGGUGUGUAGGACCCUAGGCUCCCCGCCCGCCUUCUGCCUGGUCACUCUCCUCAGUCCCACGAGGAGCUGACACGUCCUCUCUGGCCGCCAUCCAGCUCGCACAGGGGCCUCGCAGCGCCUCAGGCCCCACAUUUGUGUCUGGAGUCUCCCCCUGGGGAGAGGACGCUGGCCCCUCGCACUCCAGAAAAGCCAUGCCAGCUGGACUCGUUGACAAAGGGUAAAACAUGCUCACUCUCACCCGGUAAUCAUUUUUUUCUUUUUUUAAAAAAAGUUUUUAUUUUUUCCAAACUAGUGCAUGUAUAAAUAAUGGCAGGAUGGGGGGGUACUGUGUAGAUGAUUAACUGACUUUUUAAUAUUUUGUAAAUAAAUCGGAUUCCUUGUGUCCUUUGUGCUAGUGUAACCGGGGACUGGAAUGUAAAGUGAAGUUCAGAGCUCUGAGCACGGGCUCUUCCCGUCGGGCCCUCCCUCCCCAGACCCCAGAGGGAGAGGCCCACCCUGCCCAGCCCUGCCCCAGGCCCUGCUCAGGUCUGAGUGUGGCCGGGAGUCGGGGGCCACGGGCCUUUAGCUGUGCUGCUCAAGAGACUGGAUCAGGGACCGCUCUUUGGUAGCUACAAGUAGCCGGGCCUUGCCUUUGGGAUUCUACCUGUUCCUAAUGGUGUGGGGUGUGGGGUCCCCGGCCCCUUUUCCACGCUCCUCCUCCGACAGCAGCUCCCUGGGCAGUGGCCUGGUCUCACCGUGUGCAGCCUUGUGGUUUAUGCUUAGAUGUACGUUUUCCUGCUGGUAAAAGGAGAAACUGACAGGUGUCCUGCAGACCAGCUGACCACUCCCUUCGGAGACGGCAGGAGGCUUGAGCAAUCCAUACUCAGAACGUCCAGCAGAGACCCGUGGCCCGAAGUCAAAGUGCUGGAAUUUUCCAAAACAGCCUGUUCUCUCCUCUCUCCUCCCCAGAGCCCCCCUGCCAUCAGGGGGGUUGAAAUUCCUCCCCUCCAGGAGCCCUGCUGCUUUGCUUGGUGGUAGGGUAGAAGGAGAGCAGUCAUGGUCUAAAACCCACAUAGCACUUUGCUCUUAGUUACAUGUAAAAUUUUAGACUUCUAAAACGGGUGGGCAAUCAUUUUGAAUACUGUUCUGUGACCCUGACUGCCAGUUCUGAGGACACUGGUGGCUGUGCCAUGUGUGGCCAUCCUCCAUGUCCCGUCCCUGUAGCUGCUCCGUUUAGACAGCGGACAGACACUCACGCCCAGGGGAUGUCCUCACGCUGUCGCUGCGCGGUUUCCCUUCGCAGAUGUGUAUACUGAUGAUAGGUCAGAAAGUGUAUCCGCUACAAUAAAGUUCUGGUUCUAACUCCA